AUGACGCAAUUUUCCAUCGGUUCCCGCGGCUCCAGGCAGCUGCUCCGUGCUGGGACAGGCGGUGCAAUCCCGUUCUUCUCCCCCUUCUCUUCCCCUUCCAGGUCCCGUCUGGCCGAUUUCCACACCAACUGCCAGGCCACCUUCCAGUCCCUGACCAGCUGCCCCGGGGACAACUACCAGGCGUGCCUGGGCUCCUACGCGGGGCUCAUCGGCUUCGACAUGACCCCCAACUACGUCGACGCCAGCACCACCAGCAUCACCAUCUCGCCCUGGUGCUCCUGCAAGGGCAGCGGGAACAUGGAGGAGGAGUGCGAGAAGUUCCUCCGGGACUUCACGGAAAACCCCUGUCUCCGAAAUGCCAUCCAGGCCUUUGGCAACGGGAGCGACGUGAGCGUGGCCCCCAAAAACCCCUCUCCCCCCGUCACGGUGCCUCCCAGGGCGGAGAAGAGCCCGGCCCUGCCCGACGACGUCAACGACAGCAACACCAUCUACGACACCAGCGUCGUGCCCGCCUGCACCCCCGCCCAGGUAGGGCAGGGAGAAGGGAAUGGGCAAGGCAGGGAUCAGUGCCCUGCCCCUCACCCGGGGCAGCAUCACCUGCCUGCCCAG